CUCUACCAAAGAGAGAGGCGGAGAUUGACGUGAAGUUACCGCGAAAUUCCUGUGAUCGCUCAGCAAUUGUUUUAAGAAACUUUGAUUAUUCUACGUGUUUGAUCCAAGACUUCAAGGACAUGGAACAAGAACUGAUAAAGCGUCUGGCAACUAAAAUGGGAAUUGGUUCUGCGAAUGUUAUCACAAAAGCAGAAGAAUAUCAUCGGCUUUCGCAGGUCAGGUGUAUGGCGCUGUCUACCCACACGACAGCAACGAGUGACGCGGUGAUGUGCCUGGAACUGGCGGCGCUGCGAAUGAAGCAACCGGUGGACAAAGAUUAUGUGGUCAAACUGUCUGGAUUAAAUAAAAAGAUAUACCAGAAUCGCCUAAGGUCCCUGGAGAUGAUGCUGGGUUUGAAUUCACAGACUGGAAUCCGAGACCUGGCAGUUCAGCAUGGCUGUAUGGAGGCAAUAAAUAUGGCUGUGGAGAUCCUGCAGAGGUAUGAAUCAAGUUUGAGUGAAGCACAACAGAAUGAUCUUGACCUGUCAAGGCCUCUCUUUACCACAGCGGCGCUCUUCACGGCAUGCAAAUGUAUGAAAAUGAAAGCUGACAAGACAAAAUUAGUAGCAGCAUCUGGAGCAAAAAAAGGCAUCUUUGACCGACUCUGCACCCUGAUGGAAAAAUUUGGACAGCAGCGAUGCAGUGAGCUUGAAGCAGAGAAAAAAACAGCAAAACCAGUAAGCAAGAGACAACAAACAUUUCCAGACAGCCCAUUGGACAAUGAAGGUGAAGGGAUAACAACCAAACAAAAGCAGCAGAAAACUGAAGUGGUGGGGUCCACCAAGCCAGACUAUGAGGAGUGGAAGCGAAAAAUACUUGCAAAUGCAGAGAAAGCCCGGAAGGCAGAUGUAUAGCACCUCAGAAAUGACUAAAGCUGUGACAGAGCUCCAUUAUGUGAUUAUGAAAGCAGAAAAAUGUGUUUUUAAGCCACAGCUUUUUAUAUUCUCAUACGUUGUGUGUUUUUUUACUUAAGUAUAUGGACUCUUCAAAAGGUAACGUUUUGUGUUACACUUUUAGGAAAUUUUAUUUAUAUUGAUAGCUUGAUUUAUGAUGUAAUAGAUCAGUAGACAAAAUCUUUACUAAAUUCAAAAUUUACAUAAAACUAAACAUGUAAUGAAUGAGUAAGGAGGAAAAACUUCAUAAUGUACUUCACUUGUUGUGUCUCUCAGGAAUUCCGAAAUACUGAACAUUUAAUAGGGAGUGAGUGCAAAAGGCUCCGUCAUUCCCAUGGUACGGUCUAACAGCUGGCCAGCCUCUGCUCUGGUCGCAAGUGGAGCGCAAUGGCAAGGUACAGCCAGGAAAGUUGAUUUGUUUGAAUGAAAUGGCAAAAUAAUAUUCAUGUUGAUUAAUGUUGGUUAUUUUUAAAAAUUUACCAGUGCAUUUCUAAAAUCUGUGCAUCCAUUUUAAAGUAAAAUUUUGCUAAUUACCAUCAAGCUGUGGAGAUAUAAAGCAGUAACAACUUGCGAACUCAGUUUAAGUGAGUAGAAACAUUGUUUUAUAUUAUAAGCAUCCACAGAGACAUAAAAUGAGAACACAAUUCUGUUGUUACUUUUUUUUUAUUCCAGUAAAUAGCUUUUACUAUAUGAUACUGGGUGGGAACCUGCUGCCAAAAAUAUUUAAUAUAGAAUUAAUCAUGACCAGUUUAAGAUAAAUGGAUAUUGUACUUGGUGCGCCUUGGAAGUGGCCAGGACUUACUGAGUUAUAAUGGGAUCAUCAAAUUGGGCUGCUGUUAAUAAAAAUUACAAGUGAGAGAAGUUUGCCAUGAUGCACAAUUGCAGGUUAACUCUGCCACAUCUCUUAUUGUAACGUUAAGUGUACUCAUUUUACCUG